AAAAAUUAGUAUUCAAAAUAGUUGCCCCCUUUAUAUAAGUGUCCGCCAACUAGCUUUGUUACAUGUUCAAAAGUCUAACAUGGCGGGUUAUAUUUUCAAGUCAAUGCCUAUUGCCUAUAUAAACACCCACUAACUAAAAUCAUUUAUAAUUCUCUCUAUAAAACCUUUUUCCUUCAAUUCAGCAUUUUUAUUUUCUUUCAAAUUACAUUCACCCAUGAUGAUGAUGAAUAGAUUGAGCAUGAUUUCUCUGCUGCUUCUUCUUACGGUGAGCCAUCAAGCUUACAGCCGUUCGAUUAAUAACGGUGUAGAUGAAUCCGACGGUGUAGAUUGGAAGAGCAAGGGAGCAUCAUCUUUUCUUGAAUGGAAAUUAUCUGCUACGACGGAGACUUGUGAGCCCAUAUAUGGGUUCUUGCCCUGCUCGACCAAUGUUUGGGGGCUUCUGUUUCUGAUUGUUGUGUACGAGAUCUUGCUUUCAACCGGAGGGAAGUUUGUCGGUAUCGGGUCGAACCUUUUCUUCCAGAUUACCGGACCCGGUAUUUUCGGAGCCAGCUUGUUUCAGCUCCUCGGUGUUUUCCCACAGAUUGUCUUGGUUCUUGUAUCAUCACUUUCGGGAACAACCGAAGCUGCUCAACAACGAGCCACGCUCGGUAUGGGAUUAGUUGCCGGAACCACAGUUAUGCUUCUGACGCUAAUAUGGGGGAUUUCAGUUAUCCUAGGAAGUUACGAUCUCUCCGAGGCUAUUACAGUCGAUGAUUCCGGAAACCAAAAAGACACUCCGAAAGGUCAUGGAGUCGUUACCGAUGUUGAAACGAGCUACACCGCUCGUAUAAUGUUGAUAACAUUGAUUCCAUUUGUCAUACUCUUGUUCGCGAAAGUUUUCAAUUCACCGUUGGGGAAAAGAGUCGUUAUUCUAAUUGCUUUAAUCGUCACCGUUUCUUUGCUUUUGGCUUUCAUCACCUAUCAGAUAUUCCGACCGUGGAUUCAAAACCGGAGAUUUGAAUAUUUAAUGAAUAAAUAUGCCAAAGACAAACUCCUCAGACUCUUGUCCAGAAACGGCAAGCCCGAUACUAGCAAAAUCGAAGGGCUGUUCAGUAAAAUCGACAAGAACGGAAAUGCAGCUGUAUCGCCAGCAGAACUGAGAGUUUUGCUCUUGGGGGUAAAAAUGGAUGACGAAGAUUUAGGCACUGACAGAGAUGUCGAAAACAUCUUGGCAUCUUUCGAUGUAUCGGGUGACGGACUUAUCCAAAAGGACGAAUUCAUCAGAGGCAUGACAGAAUUAGUUACCGGACUUUCCGAUCAAACUCCAAGUCGCCUCAAAUUGACCGGUAGCAACGUUUCUCCGAACGACAACGAAUCGAUGCAGGGAUUGUUGGCUAACAGCCAUAAAUUCAGCCCGAGCGUAAUCAAAAGGACUGCUAAUUCUUGGUUGAAUUAUUUGAGGGCCGGUCUUUUUGUGGCGAUUGGGACGGUGAUGCUUUGUGCACUUGCCGAGCCUUUGAUAAAAAGUGUCGUGGCUUUCGCUCAAGCUGCAAAUUUGUCGUCAUUCUCCGUCUCGUAUUUGGCCAUACCUUUCGCUAUGAACUACGGAGUUGCGGUUGCUUCUAUUGCUUCGUCCAGACAAAGGACACAAAAAUCCAUUUCUUUGACACUUUCUGCGCUGUACAGUGGGGUGUACAUGAACAAUAUUAUCGGUCUGAUAGUGUUUUUAGCGCCGGUUUUCGCGAGAAAUUUGGAAGCAGAUGUGUUUGCACAAGUUGCGGUGGUUUUGGUGAUUUGCAUAUUCAUGACUUUGCUUACGAGUCUACGGACGACAUUCCCUCGUUGGUUGGGUUGCGUCGUGCUUCUGUUGUACCCGAUUUCUCUGGCGGUAGUUUAUUUGCUUACUUCUGUUCUUGGGUUGCCUUAAGAAGGGCCACAAGUAAAGAUAUAUUUUUCAUUCAGUACAAGGAGAAAGAUUUGUUAAACAUUGUUUUGUAUUAUAUUUCUUUUCGCUAGCCUUUUAAUAUUUUUUGUGUGCAAAAGAAUUAACGAUAUUCUCUAUUAUGAAAGGUAUCUUACCUAGAUUUUUCGUA